CGGAAGAACCCUCGAGUUGAAUCUUUUCUUCUUCCUUUCUCCCAUUUGAUUCCGGAGAAACGAUUAUGGAUUCCCGACGGUUCCUCGCAUUUUCUCUCUUCUUUCUGUCCGUCUCUACUGGCUUCGCUCGCUUGCCGGAAACGCACAAGAAAUUAAGUGGAUCUGUGCUUGAAUUGAAGAGGGAUUCGCCACGGCUCAUUUUCGAUCCAACACGAGUCACUCAGCUCUCCUGGCAACCCAGGGCAUUUUUGUAUAAGGGAUUUUUAACUGAUCAGGAAUGUGAUCAUCUAAUCGAUCUGGCCAAGGAUAAAUUAGAGAAGUCAAUGGUAGCAGAUAAUGAGUCUGGUAAGAGUGUAAGUAGUGAAGUACGAACGAGUUCUGGCAUGUUCCUCCGGAAGGCCCAGGAUGAAAUUGUUGCUGGCAUUGAGGCCAGGAUUUCUGCAUGGACAUUCCUUCCAGUAGAAAAUGGAGAGUCCAUUCAAAUUCUUCACUACGAAAAUGGCCAAAAGUAUGAACCACAUUUUGAUUUUUUUCACGACAAGGUGAAUCAGGAGCUAGGUGGCCACCGAAUAGCCACAGUCUUGAUGUAUCUAUCCAAUGUUGAAAAGGGUGGAGAAACCAUCUUUCCAAAUUCAGCGUUUGAAUCUCAAGAAAAGGAUGACAGCUGGUCUGAUUGUGCUCGAAAGGGUUAUGCAGUUAAAGCGCAGAAGGGUGAUGCAUUGCUGUUCUUCAGCCUCCAUCUCGAUGCAACAACAGAUAAAAGAAGCUUGCACGGUAGUUGCCCUGUGAUCGAGGGCGAGAAAUGGUCUGCAACCAAGUGGAUUCAUGUGAGAUCCUUCGAUAAGGCAACUCGGAUAAGUAGUCAGGACUGUGUGGAUGAGAACAAAAAUUGCCCAUCAUGGGCAAAAAGGGGUGAGUGCCAAAAGAACCCUACUUAUAUGGUGGGUUCUGAAGGUGCAGUAGGAUACUGUAGGAAGAGUUGCAAAGCGUGUUAAACUUAACCUAUAGGAAUAUGUCCACGUCUCUCUCUCUCUCUCUCUCUCACCCGUUUUGCAGAGCUGAGUGUUGAUUCUCUGAUGGUUAUGUAUAUAACAUCGGGCAGUAACUGGGUAUACGAUACAAGUGGAUAUUACAUAUCUUUGAUUAAACCUUGUAGUAGCAAUUAGCCAAGUGUUUCAUUUGGUAAUCCAGACUCUGAUGGGAAAAUUUUCUCUUGAUGCUAUUGGAACUUUACAAGUGAU